AUGUCUCGGGCGUCGAAACUCACUUUGGCAGCGACAUCGCUAUUCGCCGCCAGCACGAUUGUCAUUGUCCACUUCCAGCAGAAGUUUGAGAAGGAGGCAUGCGUCGUGCGCGAUAUUGAGCAGCAGCGCAUCAAACGAGAGCGCCAACUCGACUUCGACAUGCAGCGUGCUCUCGAGGAGGAUUACAAGCGGGAGCAGACCGUCAGAGAUGCUACGGCGCCCCCGCAACCCAGUAGCUGA